AUGAGGAAUUUCAGUCUGACUAUAGAUCUAGUCUGGAAGGAGCUAUCUACAGGGGUUCAUAUGUGAUCAGCAUGAUCCCGUAUCCCGAUCCUAGUUUCUACAUUCCGUAUUCGGGCAACGUGACCCUAGAAGUGAACCAGCAGCUCUAUAUAGCUGUAGAAGUGGAACAGGUAGACAGCAAUCAAACCGCCCUCGUGCUUGGCAACUGCUGGGCAACACCCAUGAACCAGAUCGACCAUUCCGUCCGCUGGGACCUGAUCGUUAACGAAUGUCCACACCCUACUGACGGCAUGGUAACGAUGUUGCAGAACGGUGUCUCGUCAUCCAGUCGCUUCUCCAUCAAGAUGUUCACAUUCACCAGCUUUCCUACCAACAUCUAUCUACACUGCCAGGUCCAUCUCUGUCAGCUGGAUUCAGGCAACUGCUCAGUGCAAUGCGAUGGCGCCUUUUCCAGAAGACGCAGAUCUGUAGAUUUUUACGACUCCGCUGCAAUUACCAUGGGACUCUGAUUUGUUCACAGUUGA